GUUCGUUUCGUCUUUAAAACUCAUAAAUACCUCCUCUGAGUUUAAAUAAAUCGUUUUUACACCAAAAGAAGACCGCGACACAACUCAGCGAUGGGUUCAAAGGUUUUAUCCAAGGCAAACGAGUUUUGCAACUUUCUCCGAAACCUCCAAGACGCGACAAGCUCUGAUCCACAUAUAUACGAGGAUGACAUCCACAUAGUUAAGAUGAAAGGAGACAGACUCACUGCAGUGAACGUGUACUGUGCAAAUCAAACCAUCUUCGUCUGUGAGAAAGCUGUUCCAAAAAUAACUGAACCGGAUAUUCAGCAAAUGAAUGAAUCGUCAAACUGUGAUCAUCAUGUUGAUGAUGAUGACAGUGAUGAUGAUGUUGAUGAUAAAAAAGAUGCUGAUGCUGAUUCUAAUAGCGAUGAUGGUGAUGGAGUUAAUGCUGACCAUGGUCUUCUGACAGAACUGGGACCCCAGCCCCUCACAGUUCCAAAAGCAAGGCAGUUCCUGUCCUGGUACACAUUAUCCCAGAAUCCUAAUGUGUCAGCUGUGGACAACAAGCCUGCCUUACUACCUUUGUGGGUGCGAUGUGAUAUGUCUGACCCUUCUCGGACAACCUGGCUGGGAGCUGAAACUGUCUGCGUGGCCAAUAAAGUGACUGGUGUGAAGAUGUACUCGGUCACCUGCAGAGGUUCAACUGUGGACAAAAAGUCUCUAAUGAGCUUAGAGGAUGUGAAACAAGAGCAUAAGAAAAGGCACCACCCGUCCUCGAUGGGGAUUAAAGGCAGUGCCAGGUUCAACUUGUUUGGCUCCACUAUGGUUGAAAACACCAUGAUUGAGUCGCAGAGUAGUGUGACCGUGGAUUUGAAAUGGAGCCACGUGGAGAGCAUCCUUGAGACCCCACCCCUGUCCUCCACCGCAGUACUGAAUAUCAAAAUUGCCAGCGGAGACCAGAGAAGCCCAAUGUAUGAGUUGUACAAGGAGCUGGAGUUUCUUCAGACGCUUGCCGACGGUUUGAGGACUGGUCAGACUGAAUGGAUGGAACCUCUGGAAAGCACACCUGCUGUUACUUUGACCAAAGCUUACUUAGAAGAGCUGCAGAGCUUUUCAAAAACGCUGCUGGAGCGGGCCACAAAAAUAGCCGAGCCAAAGUCUGAGACGGACACCCCUGUUUUCAGUUCUUUCCUGGAAAGAGGCGAUCUGGAUUUUGUUGAGCAGCUGUGGGUUCGCAUGAGAAAAAGUGUCACUUCGUGUCAGGACAUUGCAGAUUGCUUGAAGUUGGUCAUUGAAGCGCUGCGAUACAGCGACAUCAAACCCUGGAUUCACAGAGACAGCAGCAGCUCCCUCAGCAAACUCAUUCUGCAGUGCUACCACCAGCAGAUCGAGACUGUGUCUCUGACAGGCGUCACUCCGGUCAACAUGCUGCUCGAGAUGGGUUUGGACAAAAUGAGGAAAGAUUACAUCAACUACCUCGUUGGUGAAGAACUUACAACUCUGAAGCACUUGAGUUACUUCUUGAGCACAGAGGUCGAUCUGCAGGAGCAAGCGAUCCGACUCCGAAAGCUGCACCAUCUCCUGGAGAUCGUUGUCACCUGCAGUACCUUCCUGGCUCUGCCAUACGACUGUCUCUUCCUUCUGACUCAAUCCUGUUUGCAGCACUACAAAACAUCACCAGAGGACGAGGAGCAUGAAUUCAAACUUCAGAUCAAACCUGCUCUGAUCAGCCAUUUUUACGAGAAGGAGCAUCCAGUAAUGUGGGGUGUUGAAGUGUCCAGCGGCCACGGUCCCCGAGAGGUCAGGACGUGCUUCCAGCUCAGCGACAGACCCCUGGUUGAUCACGUCAUCUUUGACACAGAGUACCCAAAUGAAACGGUGAACGGGGACUGUGAGGAUCCUGCUUUCUUCUCCACUACGGUGUGCUGCAGCCUCGCCAGCUUUGCAUAAAUUUACAAUAAGACCGCACAGAUUGACAUUCAUAUCUACAUGAACAUAUAUUGUUUGUAAAUUUAAGUAGAACAAGUUAAACAGCGUCAAAGUGUUACUGUAGCCACUAUAAUGUUUUCAGUCAACAACAACAACAACAACUAGCAGUUCAAUUUUAUUGAUAAAGUUCAAAAUGUUGAGGGAAUAUCUUUCCACGCUGUUGGAGUGUCGUCCGGUCAACUCAUUACUGAAGAGUGAAUAAAUCCUUUACAGCAAAUACUGAAUGCACAUCAAAAGAAUGAAAUCCGUCUUUAAAUUCAGUUCAAAUAAAGUCACGUUCACACGUUUCCAUAAAGGAA